AUGGCAGUGAGCUUUCUGCAGGAACGCGAGGUAUCCGACCUCUGCCUUGGAAAACCACCGUUGAGGUCCCUCUCUGCUUCCUCCAAUAUCGCACACGCCUUGACUGCUCUCAACAACUCCGAAGACAACAUCAGUGUCUGGACCUGCGACCAUUGCAGCAAGAAGGAAGAAGAAGGAGAAGUAGAAGGAGGAGAGUGUUGUAGAUGCGUUGGCAAAGUGUGCAUGGUUGAUGUUGUUUGCUUCCUUUCCAGGGAAGACAACCUCUUGUCUCCCUCUCAAGCUCUCAAAGCUUCUCUUUCUGUUAUUCUCACUCAACCUUUCUCUCUGUUUCUACUUGAAAUAGGCUCUUACACUAGGGUGAGAGCACAUCUCUUGAAAAUUCCAGGAAAGGGAAUAAGGGUCUGUCAAAAAAUCACUGCAGUGAAGCUUCAAGAAUUGAGAAAAUUAGAUAAUGAAGCUACAUUGUUGAGUGAAAGUGCAAAGCCCAAAUCUAUUCCUCUUCCACCCUCUAAUGAUGAAGGUAGUUCGAAAAAGAGAAAGGGUCCAGGAACAAUAGAUCACUCAUUCAAUAUGAAAGAUAGAGAUACUUUAGAUUUAGAAAUUGCUAGAAUGUUUUACUCUUCUGGAUUACCAUUUCAUCUAGCAAGGAACCCUCACUUUAUCAAAGCUUUCUCUUUUGCUUCUAACAAAAAUCUAGAUGGUUAUAUUCCCCCGGGCUAUAACAAGUUAAGGACAACUUUGCUUGAGAGAGAAAGGGAGCAUGUGGAAAGGAUGUUGGAGCCAAUAAAAAAUUCAUGGAGUCAAAAAGGAGUAAGCAUUGUAAGUGAUGGGUGGAGUGAUCCGCAAAGAAGGCCUCUUCUUAAUUUUAUGGCUGUGACUGAAAGUGGACCUAUGUUUUUGAAAGCCAUAGAUUGUUCGGAUGAGAUCAAAGACAAAGAUUUUAUUGCAAGCAAAAUGAGAGAAGUGAUUAUGGAAGUUGGUGUCUCAAAUGUUGUGCAAAUUGUGACGGACAAUGCACCUGUGUGUAAGGCUGCUGGAUUAUUGAUUGAGGCUGAGUUUCCUACUAUAUAUUGGACUCCUUGUGUUGUCCAUACACUUAAUCUUGCCUUGAAGAAUAUUUGUGCAGCCAAGAACACCGAGAGGAAUAAUAUUGUUUAUCAAGAAUGUUGUUGGAUUACACAAGUUGCUGAAGAUGCUAUUUUCAUUAAAAAUUUCAUUGUGAAUCAUCAUAUGAGGUUAUCGAUUUUUAAUGAAUUUGUAUCAUUGAAACUACUUAAUAUUGCUCCUACACGAUUUGCCUCUACCAUUGUGAUGCUCAAGAGGUUCAAAUUAAUAAAGUUUAGACUCAAAGAGAUGGUGAUUAGUGAGAAGUGGUCCUCCUACAAGGAAGAUGAUGUGGGAAAGGCUGAAUUUGUUAAAGAGAAGAUUUUGAGUGAUAAUUGGUGGCAAAAGGUGGAUUACAUCCUUUCUUUUACUGAUCCUAUUUAUGAUGUUUUAAGAAGCACUGAUACGGAUACUCCUAGUCUCCAUUUAGUGUAUGAAAUGUGGGAUUCAAUGAUUGAAAAGGUGAAAAAGGUUAUAUAUCACUAUGAGAAAAAGGAUGAAAGUGAGGAAUCAACAUUUUUCAAUGUUGUGAACUCAAUAUUAAUUGAGCGUUGGACAAAAAGUAGUACACCUCUUCAUUGUUUUGCACAUUCCUUGAAUCCAAGGUAUUAUAGUCAUCAAUGGCUAAGACAAGACUCUAGACGUGUUCCUCCUCAUCAAGAUGUGGAACUUACUAAUGAGAGAGUGAAGUGCUUGAAAAGAUAUUUCCCUGAUGCUGAAGAUAGGAGAAAAGUGAACUUAGAGUUUGCUAAUUUUUCAGGUGGUAGAGAGGGGUUUGAUGAUUGUGACUCUUUGAAUGAUAGAGGUGUGCUAGAUGCAAAAUCUUGGUGGCUAGUUCAUGGUAUUCAUGCUCCAACUCUUCAAAAGAUUGCUCUCAAACUACUUGGGCAACCAUCUUCAUCUUCUUGUUGUGAGAGAAAUUGGAGCACUUACUCUUUUAUUCAUUCUCUCAAAAGAAAUAAGAUAAAACCCAAACGAGCUGAGAAUUUAGUGUUUGUGCAUACCAAUCUUCGUCUCAUGUCAAGGAAAACUCCCCAAUACAAGAAAGGAGAAACAAUGAUGUGGGAUAUUGCGGGAGAUGAUUUUUCACCAAUUGAUGAAGAUAAUGGGGUCCUAGAAAUUGCUAGUCUUUCUCUUGAUGAACCGGAGUUGGAAGCUGUUCUUUUUGUCAAUGAAGAAAAUGAAGUUACUUUUUAG